AUGCAUCCCCAGGGCUCUCAACACACAAGCUCCUCUGGCUCUGGUCAGACAUCGAGUACUCAGUCCGGACAAUAUCAUCAAAACGAGCCUCGUACGCCCUAUGGUCACAGGUACCAUCAAUCCACCAAUGUGAAUUCCCGUGACAACAGCGUCGGAGGCCUGACCAACCUUUUCAGAGGAUUGAAUCUGCACAAUUCUCGCCCUAAGUCGAAGACCAACUCCGCCGUUCAGAUAAACACAAACAUGGACUGGUCGAAUGCCAACCGUGCGUACAACAGCCCUUUCAUCCUGGUUCCCAAUUCAACCGUGUUCAAUGGUGUUCCGGCUGUUUCCUCAUUCGUCCCCAAUGCAGUCCAUGGUCAGGCUGAUCAGAUGGGACAAUUCUCCUACCUUCCAACAGGAGUUUAUUCAAACGUCAACCCGGUAGUUCCGGGUGGUUAUCCAUCGUGGCCCUACAUGAUGAACUACGACAUGCAUGAUAACAAGCAAGGUCCAUGGAGCCUGUCUGAAGCACAGAAGGGAGCUCAAGGUGAAAACACUGGGCAGGUUCAGUACUAUCCUUCAAAUCUGAUUCCCGGUAUGGAUGGAAGUGCUAUGUCCAGUUACUCCUAUGGGGGCAUGGUUCCAUCCCAGCUAGGGUCACUAUCACUUCCCCUCCAGAUGAUGAAAACCCAGAACGGAUAUGUUGUCCAAGACCUGGAAGCUUUGACUCAACAAGAGCCUGCGAUCCCGCGCGCGGUGCCGGCCAUGUGGACAAAUCCGUCUGAGCUUACACUUGCCAAGUGUCUGGAGAACCGUGAGGGUAUAACCAACGUCUAUAUCCGAGGAUUUCUACCGGAGACCACUGACGAUAUGCUGCAUUCUUAUGCUGCCCGUUUCGGGAAGAUCGAGCGAUGCAAGGCGAUUGUUGAUCUGGAUACCAGUCUUUGCAAAGGAUUCGGAUUCGUUCAGUACUACAGCUUCGAGUCUUGCGAAAACUGCAUUCGUGGAUUCUUUUACCUUGGCUACCAAGCUAGCUUUGCCCAAAAAUCACGCAACUCACGCCUGAAAGAUCUAGAGGACCGGUCGUCUACCAAUAUAUAUUGCACCAACAUUCCGAUAGAUUGGACUGAGGCUGACCUGCGACGUCACUUCGAGCCGUGGCGUGUUGUUUCAGAGAAGAUCAGUCGUGAUGAGAAGACAGGUGUGAGCAAGGAAGUGGGAUUUGCACGUUUCGAGAACCGUGAGGUCGCUGAAAAGGUUCUGAUGGAAUUCCACAAUAUCACCAAGGAGGAUGGCGUGAAGUUGCUUCUGCGCUUUGCUGACACCAAGGCCCAGAAGAUUUUGAAGCAACAAAGCAAUGAACGCCGUGCUUACCGUGCCGGAGAGUACAACUACUCUGUGGAGGUGGUGCAAGGAUCUACUCCAUCCCCUGGGGUGAAACGUGGCUCUCAUCUCACUCCAAACUCUCAAGUCAGCUACACCUCUCCGGCUGGGGUAGGCUCCAACUGGACCCCAGCCACUUCGAUCUCUCCUUGCCACCCACACAUGAAGAAUCCAUCCAGCAGUGCACGAAGCAGUUCCUUGUCCUCUCGAAGCCUAAACGCCUUGGACAACACACCAUCCUAUCGUACUCGUGCUUUCUCCCUCAGUCGUCGGUCCUAUACCGAUCUCUCCGGUGGUUCCUCCAAGACUAUUAUGCCGGAUUCACCGAUCAUGGAGCCUCGUAAGGAGAACAUCAGAGCGGGCUCUGCGUCUCCCGGUUCCUCUCCCAUGAUGCUUCCCUCCUCGGCUCGCUCGUGCACCUAA